GGCCGGGGUAGCUUAGGUCAUACUCUGCGUGCUAAGCACCACAGAUCGUCGCAGUUACCAAAAUAACAUUACUGACAGGCCGCAUCUACCUCUGAGACCUUCCUUCACAAAGGCGGUUCCGCAAUACCUGUUCAGAUAUCGUUCGCAAUCCUGGAAUUUCUGCUGUUGUGCAGGACGUUGUACACCUUUGCCGCAAAUGACGUAACCGUAUGAGGCGGCCCUGGGCAGCCGAUGUCAUGACCUGGGUUGACCUUGGUCGGUCAUAUGAGUUCUCCUGCUUCCAGUCAUCUGACGACGUUGUUUCAUUGUGCUCCAGUUUUUAGCCAUGGCUUGACAUCGCAGUUGCUACUAGACAACGUUUUGGCCACCGAGAACCACCCUAUAGAAAUAUAUCGCAAUAUCGUCAUGUCCCUGUAUUGCAAUAUCUUGUACUAUAGCUUUGUCGUGGCGUUCUAUCGCUUUGACGUUGGGUGUUAUCGCUGUUUCGUUUGUGACAGUAUCGCAAUAUAGUAUCGAUAUAGCGAUGGCCCUUCUCAGCCACCAUAGAGUUCAGUGUUCCUCGCGAGAUAUGCAGUACAACCAUCGGUAUUAAUCAAGCAUUUCUACAUUUAUUUAUUGUGAAAAUUAGAUAUAUAGUCUGCUGGGAUUGGACUGCACUGUAAUUAAAACGCACCUGUUACAAACCGCCAUGCAUAAACGUAUCUAGAUGGUAGUGCUGUGGUUUCUACCGGAUAAUCUGGAAUGCAGUCAGACAUUCACGGGACACUCAGGAAUAGAAACUUACACUUACAGUCCACUAGUCUUCAUGAUAUCUUAACUAUCGGGCAGUUUGACAAGGACAAGGACUAGUGCUAAUUUCUAUCUCUGGGUGCCUCAUAUAUAUACGCUGGUAUAGUCUUAUGUACAUGACAUGGAUACCAGGACAUGUAUUUCAGAAGAAUAAAGGAACCGAGUGUCUGUCAGCGCCGAGGUAGGGACUCUUCAACCAUGACUAAUGUUCUGGACUACAUGAAGAUACUCCUCCGAAUGCCACUGCACCAGCCAACACUUUCGGUGAAGAAAGUUGCGCACAUGUUCAAGGAGCCGUACAUCCUCAGCGGCUACCGACCAACGAACAAACCCUGGUCCUACUACUUCCUCAGUUUCUUCCAGCUUCAUAACGAGUCCGUGAAUGUCUGGACACACAGUCUUGCCUUUGUGUUGGUCCUUACGCAGCUAUAUCGACUCAGCUUAUCCAUUGACUUCGCAACCAACAAGGACGCGGCCACCAUUAUCGGCUUCAGCAUUGGAGCUCUUAUCCAAGUCUUCCUGAGCUCUGCCUGUCACCUCCUUCACGCCAAGUCUCCUUGGUGGCAUUACAUCUGGUUCCUGCUGGACUACGCAGGAGUGACCUUUAACAGUUUUGGGACUGGACUAGCCUGCUUCUACGUGUGCUCACAUAAGGACGUUUAUGGACUCGUUGAAAGUGUCUUCCUGCCGUUUAAUAUAUUGAUGAGUUGGAUAGGAUUCCUCUCCUGUUGCAUCGCCAAACUUUGUUUCAAGGACCCUUACAGCAAGGCAAGAAAGCUGUUGAUGGUAUCUGCGCUAGGUUCCCAGGCUUUCCUUGUGGGUAUACCAGUACUUGCCAGGUACGUCCCCUGUAUCCUGGACGACGACUGUCGCCUUUCCUCCCUCACACAUCUCCACUUCGUCUUCUUCUUCCUCAUAUGCGACGCUCUGACCUUCUCCACACACUUCCCAGAAGAGCUGAAACCAGGACAUUUCGAUAUUUUCGGCCACGGACACCAAAUAUUCCACAUCUGUACUUUGAUCACUAUGAUGGUUGAAAUGGAAGCCAUAAAAACGGAUAUUGUUUCCGGUGCUACUGCGCAUACACGUCCAGAUCUGACGUCAUUCCUGAUGGCCUUUGCAGUGUUGAUAGUCGUUGAAUUGUUGACAUUAGUCAGCAUUAGAGGGCUCAUAAACACAAAAGUGAAAGAAGUUCUAAGUGCCUCAAAAUCUGAUUGAAUGGGAACCGUCAGUUUCAUAUCUUUACAUAAUGAAUUUAAAUAUACAGUGAAAACUCGUUGAUCCGAACAACUUUUGUUUGAGGGUUUUAUUUAUGAAAAAAGGGACAUAACUAAUAGCCAAUGAUUCGUUAAUCUGGAAAUUCCUUAAUCCGGACGAUUUAACUGGGAUUCAACGGUACCGCCGGAUUAACCAGAUUUCACUGUAUUGUGUAAACACAUGCCAGAAGGAGUUGUUGGAGUGUCUAAUUGACAGUGUUAUGUUUAUUCACGUCAUUUUAGGUUAUGCUUCACGCAAUGGCAAUGGUUCAGCUAAAAUACCCCCCUGGAGGUAACGCUACCAGUGCAGCUGUAGAUGCUUGUGCAGAGCCUGAAUGGUAGAAAUACUAUUACAUGUAUAUGGGUGCUUUAUUACAUUCCAUGGGUCGGUGCUCUGCCUCUGUGUGUUUACAGUUAUUCAUGUUAUAGUUUCAUCUUAUGAAAUGUACGCCUCCGCGCUUGCCUUUUCGUAAUCUGGUAGCUUCUGACAGUGAUUUUGAUGGAGACAAAUGAAAACUAGGACAUUUUCAUGAUUUUAUCAACUUUUCAUGGGACAUUUUGGAUCAUUAUCAGUCAAUGUCCUGAAAACAUUAACCGAUCUGAAACGCUGAUAAAUGUGUAUAAAAGUGUCGCAAAUUCCAUGACAUGAAGUGAUACAAUGCACAACAUUCUUAACGCCAACCUAAUGAAACACAAGCAUGUGGAUAUGUGAGAUAAGGGGGCACUUCAGUAAAUUUCCGGACAGGUUCCCUUCUCACUAGAAACAAGCAGUAAACCGUUUGUCUUAUUUCCUAAUAAUCCCAUGUUCCAAACCACGAUGAGCACGGUGACACAUGGUUUGUCAUUCAGGAAUAAACACCGACACUGGUCCCUCAACCCGAGCCUAGUGAAACAGUGGAGAGACUAGUCUACCAAAAUUGUUUUUAAAUAAACCACUGUCCCGAAAUGAGUUGCAUUGAUAUUACCAAUGCUGUCUACCCCUGUCAUGUCGCGUGUUGUAUGUAACUGCCAGCCCUAUUUAUUCCGCUUUCGGGACAAUAUUUACAUACGGGGGAUCUAUUCCGCCCUGAAAUCCGUUCCAUAAAGUGAUCUGAGCCAUAUUGCUAUCGUAAGUCUUAUUCGUUAGUCGUAGUCGAGGUUCGUCAGUCGUAACAUCCCUCGAUAAUCCAGGAUGUUACGUCUCCAAUGUGUCAUGAUACUGACCCUAGACCUUUUCUCUACAGUUAGCAAUUGAUAGGAGCGGUGCAGGUGGAGACGUUACUUCCGAAACGAAGGUAUGGUGGCUUAUUGACCCAGGGCAUUUAUCAUAACGGAAUGGAGGUAUAAUUCACUUGAUAAUCGGGGAUGGUCGUGGGAGUAGAUCGGGGAAUGAGGCCUUGCUUCGAAUCCGCAUAGCGUCGGUCGAGAGAAUCAAACAAGAAAUAUUUAUGAGCAGGGUAGCAGAAAACGGUCGCUUCUGUCGCUAGUGUUAAUUUUUUUUAAUCCUUGAACUUCCGACUUUGUGAUGUUUAUUGUUCUUUGCUGAAGAUUUGUUUAUACACACAAAUAUAUUUACAUGUGAUAGCAUGACAAGGUAUAACGAGAGCCAUUUUCCCACCAGAUAUAUAUAUAUUUUUUUGUCAACAAUUUUAAGUGUUUACAAGACUUCCAAUUAAGGUGCCUUUUCGCAAACGUUUGAGGUCAAGCAAUUUGUGUUGUUCAAAUUAUGUUGUUAGUAAUAUUAGCACACGCAUAACAUUUUUAUAGUUACUGAUCCAGUACUUUGAAAUAUAUUCUGGUUAACGAAAAUGGCCUGGUAAAUCUGAUAUAUAUUUCUUUAACGUAUUCAUGCCAUUCCACCUUGUCCAAUGUGCUUCCGAAGUGAUUUUGUAUCUGUUAAACAUAUCUAUCAACCAAUACCUCUGAUUAAUUGUUUGAUUUUCCAAUUGUGUAUUUUGUGGAGAAACAUAAAUAUAUAUUUUAUUUCUUUUA